AUGGCUAUUUCUGAAGAUCAAGCACGGGAUUAUCCUCCACGACUUUACGCUGAAGGGGCUUCUAAACUAGAAAAUAAAGUGAUUAAUCACAAUAUGCAUAUGGGAGAGUUCCCUAACGCCAGAGAAGCAUUAGGAGUGGAUGUGUGGGAUUACCUGAGGGAGAGUCCUCUUGGAAUUAUUGUUAAGCAAGCUGAACGCAAGAGCCUUCGAGUAGAGAAGAAUGAGUUUUGGAGUCUAGUUGGCGAUGAACCUCUCAGAUUUAGUUUAAACGAAUUUGGUGAGAUAACUGGGUUAAACACAGAUCCAGUGCCAACAGAAAGUUUUGAACCUGACCAAUACAAAGAGUUUUGGAAGGUGUUGAAGGUGCCGCUUGGGCAAGGACCAAAGUUAGAUGAACUGAGGGUAGCAUUAGAGGUCUGUCCGGCGUGGAGUUUCGAUCAGCGUAAAUGGCUAGGGCUGUUACUUCUUCAAGCCAUGGGACUUUAUGCUAUGCAUCAUAAUUCUAGGAUACCAUUUGAAAGUGCAAAAAGAGUAUUCGACGAUGAAGCCAUGAUGACAUAUCCAUGGGGUCGGACUGCAUAUGAAGUUCUUGUUGACUCUAUUAAGAGGUUGGAUCCACAAGGAAAGUCAUACUUCAUAAACGGUCUGACGAACGUGUUAUUGGUUUGGGCAUAUGAGUCUGUCACUUGUUUUGGAGAGCGUUUUGGGAGAGUGGUCGAUGAGCAAGAAGUUCCUCUUUUCCGAUGGGGUGGAAAGCGUACACGUACAAGUUUAGAUACUGUCAUAGCUGAGGAGAUUAGAGAACAUGGCGAGGUGCGCGUGAGAAAAAUGGUUAUGAAGAACUCCUUAGAAGAGAUGUUUCCUCAGUGGCCGGAUGAAUCAGAUGACACGCGACUUGUGAACUUGAUAACCGACAUAUAUACAGGUCGGUUUGUUAGAGGUUUCUGGGUAACACCGAUGAAACGCAAACAAACAAAGGCUGGUGGUUCGUCAAAGGCUGAACCACCCAUUAAGAAGCAGAAGAAAGUGAACAUCAUUGUGAGGAUGAAGUUGCUGUGGAGGGGAAGGGUGCUCGCGAGAAGGAAACUACGGAAGAUAUUGGGAACAAGAAUGUAUUGUUGA